GUUCCACUUCAUCCACAAGUUCACACCGCCUCAAAAGAAUGUGUCGCUGCUAAGCUUGUAUUACGUAUAUACCAAGUAUUUCUUGUUCUUGAAAGUAGCUCGUUUUUUCAUCUUCUCAGUUCUCCUUUCAUUCUAUGGCCGCUUGCUUAUAUUCAUCGUGGUCGUGGUGCUCUCUUUCUGUUCCGAAACCCCCCUCCACCUAUCUAUCUUCUUCUUCUUCUCCAUAUCCAUUUAAUGCUUGUGUGCGUGGUGGGGAUUCACAGUCAGGCUGUACAAGAGUCCAUGCCAAGUUUGAGAAAUUCCAAGGGCAAGAAAAUCUCGAUCAGGACUUCAGGGAGCCAAAUUCCCUAGACUCCCAAUCACACCCUAGUCCAGAAGAAGAGGAUGACAGUUGUUUACCUAAUGAUUUGGAGGGUGCCAUUCAACAGUCUGGCCAUGCAAGUGCAACUUUUGUGUCUUCAGGGGGGAUGAGAGCCAUAGUUGAACUUUUAAUACCUCAGUUGCAAUUUCUUGAUAAUGAAGGUGCACAAGCUGAACUCUGGGAGCUAUCUAAGAUAUUUUUGAAUACGCUGAUUCAAGAAACUGGAUCACAGAGAGUUAAAGCGAUAUUUCCAGAUGCUGGAGCAGCUGCACUUUUGAAAUAUCAGUGGCAAGAUGCUACUUUUGGUUUUUCUAGUCUUGGUGACCGGAAUCCAGUGGAUAAGGAAGAUAAUAUUAUUGUCAUGAUUGUCCCGGAUUAUCAGAUGUCGGCAUAUGUUGAAAGUAUUGCCUCAAAUCUAUCACAUGAUUUGUCUAGGCCUCUAAUAAUGUGGAAUCCACGCCUUGUUAGCGAAGAUGUUGGUGUCGGAUUCAAUGUGCGCAGAUUAAGGCGCAGCUUCUUAAGCACCUUCACUGUUGUUUACUCAAUGAGACCUUAUCCAUCUGGUGCUGUUUUUAGAUGUUAUCCUGGAUUGUGGAAGGUGUUCUAUGAUGAUAAGUACCGGCCGAACCGAUAUCUCCUAGCGCAGGAACAGAAUACCCGCCCCACUGCUGAUGAGCUUGAGAUAAUAUUUGGAGGUGUAGAUGAGAAAAAAGAGAAGGGUACAUCUCUGUUAGAUCAAGCAGCUGGAAUCUUCUCUUCCAUGAUCCGUUUCUUGAAAUUAAUUUCACGAUAAAUUAGUGUAAUCAAGGAGCUGGCGUUAUCAUAUUUUCUCCACUAGAGCCCUAGCUUGCACAACUUCUUCUCUAUCUUGCAGGGCUGCACAAGGGAAUGAAUUUAAAAUAAUUUGCAUUUAUUAGAUUUAUACACUGUCGACUUUGUGAUUUAAGUACUGAGACUCAAGUCCGCGAAGGAUAAAAGGUAAACAUAAUGAAAAAUAAAAUUAAAUGAAAAUGGUUCGACGUUACCACUUCAA